AUGGAUAGAACAGAUCUCGAGACGUACCAGGUUCAGCUAUCUCAGGUUGAAGUAGCUCUCUCCGCCGACCCAACCAACACCGAACUUGCUUCUUUGCGCGAUGAAUUGAAGGAAUUGAUAGAGCUCUCGCAGGCUGCUAUUGCUCAAGCGGAAGCAGCUGCGUCGUCUUCUAAAUCGGAAAGCCGGAAGGCUACGUCUACGCCGACGCAUGUAUGGUCAGCCGGGGACGAUUGUCUUGCAAAGUACUCGGGCGACGGUGCUUGGUACCCCGCCCGGAUUACGUCUGUCGGUGGGGCGACCGAAAACCGCGUCUACAGCAUCGUAUUCAAAGGGUACAACUCAACCGAACUCGUGAAGGCUAACGAAAUCAAGCCUCUACCACCAAAUUAUGCAAAUACCACUGCGCCAUCGGCGAACAAGCGUAAGCUGUCCAAGGCAGAGGAGGAGGAAAGAGAGCGGAAGAAAAAGAAAAACGAGAAAAAACUGGAGAACAAAGCUGCCAAAGCCAAAGAGCAGAUGGCCAAACAGGCAACAUGGCAAAAGUUUGCGAAGAAGUCAGAGAAGAAGGGUGUGCACCUCCCAGGUGUGGCAGGGACGAGCAUCUUCAAGACACCGGACAACCCUCUCGGAAAAGUCGGUGUCACCGGGAGCGGAAAGGGUAUGACAGAGGUGGCUGGGAAGACUAAACACAAGUUCGAGGCUCGGGACGACGACGGUCAAUAG